AUGCCAGUCAUUUCUGAAUUCCCUAAAGUAUUCCCUAAAGAUCUACCCGAAUUACCCCCAGAAAGGAAAGUUGAAUUUGGGAUCGACAUAUUACCUGGGUCGGCUCCAAUAGCUAGAGCCCCAUACCGCUUGGCGCCAAUUGAGAUGAAAGAUCUAAAGGCGCAACUUGAAGAACUUCUUGAGAAAGACAAACAUACUUAUCUAUUCCAUGAUAAGAACGAUCAGGAGAAACAUCUUAGAUGUAUUCUUGAAUUGCUAAAGCAAGAGGAACUUUAUGCCAAAUUUUCUAAGUGUGAGUUUUGGCUUAGAGAAGUCCAAUUCUUAGGACACAUGAUCAGUGAUCGUGGAAUCCAAGUAGAUCCAGCCAAGAUAAAGGCAAUCAUGAAUUUGGAGGCACCCGAGACUCCUAAAAUCCGCAGUUUCUUAGGUUUAGCUGGUUAUUAUAGAAGGUUCAUUGAGAACUUCUCGAGAAUAGCCACUUCGUUAACUGCGCUAACUCGCAAGAAUGCUAAGUUUGAUUAG